UCUGGAAUGAAAAUUCACCUGCCUCUGAGCUGGCCAUCGGUGGGGGCAGGGGUGAUACUUGACUUCCCAGGUUGGAAGAUUAUCUCACCCAGCCCUAGCUAUAUAACCAGCUGGUGUAGAGGGGCUCCGUCAGGACAACUCCAGGGGUUCAUCCACGAGACAGAGACACAUCCAGACUCAUCGCUGCCAGCAUGAUGGUGCUGCGAGUAGAGGAGCUGGUAACAGGGAAGAAGAAUAGCAAUGGGGCCACAGGGGAAUUCCUUCCUGGGGAUUUCAGAGGUGGAGAAUAUGAAGCUGCCGUUGCUUUGGAGAAACAAGAAGAUUUGAAGACACUUCCAGUGCACCGCGUGAACCUGGAGGAGGAACAACGGAAACGUGAGAAACAGCGAGAGGCAGAGCUCAAAAAGAAAAAACUAGAACAAAGGUCAAAGCUUGAGAACUUGGAAGACCUUGAAAUAAUUGUUCAGCUGAAGAAAAGAAAAAAGUACAAGAAAACUAAAGUUCCAGUUGUGAAGGAGCCAGAACCAGAAGUUAUUACUGAACCUGUGGAUGUGCCGAGAUUUCUGAAAGCUGCACUGGAGAACAAACUGCCCGUCGUGGAGAAAUUCCUGUCAGACAAGAACAGCCCUGAUGUCUGCGAUGAGUAUAAACGGACGGCUCUCCAUAGAGCGUGCUUAGAAGGACACUUGGCAAUUGUGGAGAAGCUAAUGGAGGCUGGAGCCCAGAUUGAAUUCCGUGAUAUGCUUGAAUCCACAGCCAUCCACUGGGCAUGCCGUGGAGGAAACCUGGAUGUCCUGAAACUGUUGUUGAACAAAGGCGCCAAAAUCAGUGCCCGAGACAAGCUGCUCAGCACAGCGCUGCACGUGGCCGUGAGGACUGGUCACUACGAGUGCGCGGAGCAUCUCAUCGCCUGCGAGGCGGAUCUCAAUGCCAAGGACAGAGAAGGAGAUACCCCACUGCAUGAUGCUGUGAGGUUGAAUCGUUACAAGAUGAUUCGGCUCUUGAUGACCUUCGGGGCGGACCUCAAUGUCAAGAACUGUGCUGGGAAGACCCCCAUGGACCUGGUCCUGCACUGGCAGAAUGGAACCAAAGCAAUAUUCGACAGCCUCAAAGAGAAUGGCUACAAAACCUCUCGCAUAGCUACAUUCUAAGGAAGGAGACUCUCGAUAGGAGCUGUUCAGAGGCGUUUUUGAAGCACUGCCUACCGGAAGAGCAACCAGCUCUAAGAUCCAGCUUUUGUUUGCCAGAGGGUAGAGGAGAUAGACUUAAAGUUGCUUCGAGAAAGCACUGGGUUAUAGGUGUUCAAAUCGCCUUUAGUAAUGCUCACCAUUCUUAUUUAUUUCUAUUUAUUUAUUAAUUUUGUAACACUGGUAUUCAGGCUUUCAUGAGCACUUUGGGGGCGGGGGAGUAAAACUCAGUCUGUAUGCAGCAUUCAGUAUCUUCCCAUAGAUCUUAAACCAUGUGGGUGAGUGAUGUCUACUCGCAUACUUUUCUUCUCUGUCACAUAGAGCUAUUCAACGCACUUUUAAAUGGCAAGGGUGAUCAUUGCAGCUCUCUUCUGAAUUCUUACUGCUCAUCUUUGAAUGAAGCAGCAGAAGGCAUGUGUUGAUGGGGAAGGGAGCGAAAGGGAUUCUGCAGGACAGACACUGAAGCCUGCUGUUCACACAGAAGUUUGGUUUGAUUGGUUGUUUACCAAGUCACACCACUCUCUGUCCCGAGGGGGAGGGAACUACACGGGUGAGUGCAGGAAGGAGGUGGAGGGAGUGGGAAGUGAGGCCAAGAUGAACUGCGUUCCCUGAAAUCAAAGGCAAAAGGAAAGACAGACACUGUAAAUGUGUAAAUGUAUAUUGUGUUGUAUGUAUAUUUUAUAUUCAUAAUAAAUGCAAAC